UCCCUCUCCUUUUAAAUUCCCUUCUCUUCUUCUCCUCCAAACUCCCCCCAACUUUCUACUCUCUCUAGAAAAUCAUGCAACAAGCAAUUCAAUACAGAACUUGGUUACCCAAUCAAUCAGAAACCCACCAAACCACUAGCCGUCAAUCAUCAUCGUUAAAAAUGGUUGAUAUUAAUCUCGAAGACCCAUUGAAGAAAGGUGCAAUGAAGAUCAGUGAUGGCUAUAGUAGUAGUAGGGGUAAACUGGAAGCAAGAAUCAAAGGUUUAGUAUUAGAAAACGCAGUAUUAAUAUUUGGAAGACGUGGGUGUUGUAUGUGUCAUGUUAUGAAACGCUUAUUAUUAGCGUUAGGUGUUAAUCCUACUGUUUAUGAAGUUAUUGAGGAAGCUGAUGAAAUAUCUGUCAUCAAUGAAUUAUUAUCAGUCAUUGAGACUCACAAUAAUGAUCAUAAAGGUAAUAAAGAGACGCAUAGCGAUUAUAGUGAGCUUCAGUUUCCAGCUGUAUAUAUUGGUGGGAAAUUAUUUGGUGGUUUAGAUAGACUUAUGGGUGCUCAUAUCACUGGUGAAUUAAUACCUAAGUUGAAACAAGCUGGUGCUUUGUGGCUUUAAUCAGAAACUCUAAAUGUCAAGAGAAAUGUAGAGAGUUAAUUGAGGACAAACCUAAUGACUUGAUUAAUCUUUGCAAUUUAAUUUGUAAACUUUGUAAUUUUGUUUUCUCCCAUUCUUUUUCUUUUCCUUUCUUUUAUUUUUGCCUUCGAUUAUUUUUUGGACUUUAAGAUUAUAAGAUUCUAUGAAUAACGACGAAGUAUUCUCUUCAA